UGGGUGACGUCGUUGAUUGACCGAAGCUAUGACGAGCUCGAUCGUGUCCUUCAUUCAAGCAGUGUCUGCCUUCCACCGCACCCAACCACACUCAAGUCAAUUUAUUAGAGCUCUUCAGCCAUCAGGGCCGACAGGGGCGACUGUGAGGGCGGAAAGCAGUGCUGGAACACACGCAGCGUAGAAGGCUCAUCCUGGACACACACACCACACACACACAACAAGACGUACAACACAUACAUACAUACAAGAGAUGCAUGCCUUUUCCACACCCACCGAUGGCAAAAACCGCACUUUCUGCACGGUGGUCUCGUCCAAGAGAAGCUGCACACACACAACACACACACGCACCAAUGACUCCCUCCCUCCCUCCCUCCCUCCAUGCCCCUCACCCAGCCCACACACCCUUUUUACCCGCAGCAUGUCCCAUGCAAGCCGCAGAGGCCAGGACGCCCGCCACACCAGCACCUCGCCCAGCCGCUCGGCAUACACCUCGGUCAGGAUGGGCAGCAGCUCCAGCAGCGGCUGCCAGGCCCCCCAGUGGGCGUAGCCGAAGCCCCUGCCGUCGAUGAGCACCACCCACUGCUCCACAUGAGGGGUAUUCUGCAGCUGAUGCAGGGCUUGUUCCAGCAGGUGCAGCAGGCACCACCUCAGGGCCUGCAGACGUCACAUCAUCACACGCAUGACAUGAAAGGUGUGCGUGUGGUGGUGGGCUACUGCAGGGUCGGCGGUGUUGUUGGAUGUGAUGCGUUGGAGGACGAACACGAGACAGGGCCGCUGGUGCACGUCGGACGCCCAUAGGUGACCCCACCCUACACACACAAACACACUCCUCCUCCAUCCAUCCAUUCUCUCUCUGUCUGUCUCUCUGUUACGUGUGUCCAUGUGUGGCUUGAGCCCCUCUGCGUGCAGGUGGAUGGCCUCCACGCCCGACUCCUUCCGCCAGUGGAUCGCCCGCCGCAGCUGCAGCUCAGCCGCAUCCACGUCCCACCCUCGCGCACUCAGGAACCGCAGCAAAUCGCUCUCGCGCAAAUCCAACACGGGAGGGCCGAACUCGCCACCCAGCUGCAGCUGACGGCGAAGGUCCGCUAAGGCCUGAGAGGAAGUGGGUGCAGUGUGUGUGUGUCUUGUGCGUGUGCUGUGUGUGUGUGUGUGUGGUGGCCGACCUUUCCCUGUCUUCUGCCGAGAUCUUGCUGGCUGCGCAGCCACCUGGGGCGCUGGGAGGGGGGGACGGGGCGCAGAUCAGAGAAUGGCAGAGGGAGUGUGCAGAACACCCUGACACAUACACAACACACAACACCGUACACGACGCAGCGCCCUGCACACGUGUGUGUGUGUGAGGGGUCACCUUGCGGCCGCAUCGAUGUCGUCUGGGUCUGUGUCCAGUGGCGAGCCUGGUGGGGAGGUGGUAGAGGUGGAUUGGGGGCUGAAGGUGAGGCUGGGCAGGGGAGACGACCACUCGGACGCACCCAACUCACUCAACGGCAUAUCUACACCCCCCCCCCACACACACACACACAUACAACACGCCUUAUCAUCUCUCUCCCCCCUCCCUCCCUCCCUCCCUCACCGGCCUCAUCGGAUGACGUCAGGAACCCUCUCAGCUUCACAAGGUGGUCGAAGAAACUCCGCACCAGCACACGCCUCACACCCACACCCCCGCCCAGCCACAGCGCCACCCCCCAGUAGGGCUGCCUGGGUGCCAGCCGCAGGCAGCAUGACACAUGACACCGCUCGUUUGGCCGGGAUGAUGGGCCGACUCUCCAUGAGACCAACUGGACGUCUGUGCGGACCGUCUGGGCGGCUCCCGAGAGCCAUGGGAGAGGGAGAGUGGAAGACACAGAGAGGGGGAAUGGUUUGGUGAGGGGGAGAGAGGUGCCGACGAUGAACGACGUGCCGUCGGGGUCUGACAACAAGCAAACCAUCGCAAACAGAGAGUGUGCGUGUUGUGUUGUCGUGUGGUGGGGUGCUCUGUCCACACGCACCUGUCCACCCAGUUCUGAUGAGCCGAUACUCCAUGAGGGGGUUCCACGCGUGUCUGCCCCCCAGCACGCGCCACGGCACGCCCCACACGCCGCCCCACAGCCGAUGUCGGUACCGGCAGACGUCGACCGGCUCGUCAGGCACACACUGCAGCAGCUGCCACUUGGUCUCCUGGAAGCCCAGGAAGCUCGAUAUGCCCCACGGCCGGCUCAGGUAGUGGAGGACGAGGGCCCUUGGCGCGUGGAUGGUCAUGCUGCACUUCCACCUGUGGGGGUCCCUUCUGUGCCGAUAGAUGCGGCACCCACCCUCACCGCUUGACAACACCCAACUGCCGACAGCAACGAGAAGAAGACAACACUAUCAUCAUCAUUAUCGCACCUACUAGCACUUCAGCCUGGCCGUUUUCUUACUUGUCGCUGCCGUCAUGCAGGCCGCUUUGUGGCUGCUCGACACAUGGCGCGAGGACAGGGGGGACAGAUGAGGGUUCGGGUGGGCCAGGACAGGGGUGGAUAGUCUCAGCGGUCAGGCGGAUGCCGCUGGGGGUGUGGUCGUGCAUGAAGGUGUCCAGCGGGGGCAGCACCGGCUGGGGCGGCGAGUCGAAGGCCUCGAUCGCAUCCAGUAUGCCGUCAUACCUGCAAACAUCCAUCCAUCCAUCCGUCCGUCCGUCCGUCGAGGGAGGGAGGGAGGGAGGGAGGGAUGGCCUGCCUGCCUGCCUGCCCGCCUUGUUCACGCCCACCAUCUCUUUGCCUCGUCCUCAUGGUAGUGUCCCAGGUGUGCGAUGCCCCACCCGUCCUCCUCCACCCCCACAGGCGCCCAGCUGCCCAUCCAGCCCGUCGACGCAACAGUUGACGAAAUACCACCACCAGAAGAGAGUGCCCGCCGAUCUGUCGGCUGCAGCUGCAGUUUCGGCGGUGUGUCGGUAGGCCAGCGGAUCACAAACGACCACAUCCCGGCCGCCCUGUCGACGUGGUCGUCCGCUGGGCUGAACAGGCCUGCAUUGGCGCAACGACUCACACACAUAGUGGUGAGGGGGUUUAUAUAAGGGGUGGUGGUGGUGGGUGUCUGUACCUUCGAUGACGGCUUGGUCGAGCGGGAUGACCACUCUGGGCUCGCGCGAGGCCGGCGUGUCAAAGCAUCGCAGCAUGCACCCAGACGUGUCCAUCACGCAGUACCGGUCCACCCAGCUCCCUCCCCCUGUAACAGUCAACUCCUGCAUGGGAGCGACCAGGCACAACACACACACACACACACACACGUACACGUCACAAUCAAGCCUCUUGGCGCCAUCCCUGACACACACAGGGGUGUGUUCUGCCGGCCCACCUUUUGGUAGAGCAUGCCCUUGAAGCGUUGCUGUAUGGCGGCGAUGCGCCUGGGGCUGCUGGCUGUGGAGGGGGGGUGGGUCUCCUCACAGUGGCUGGUGUUGUUGGCCGACAGCUGCGGCGACCGCACCACCACACCCCCACCGCCACCCACACCCAUCAUCCCACCCGGCAUCGACAGCGGCGGACGGCCACCCCCGCCGCCUGAGCCUGCCUGCUCAAACCGCAUGGGUAGCUCCUGCUGUCCGUGUGGCUCUGACUGUGUUUGUGGCGGCGGCUGUGGGCGUCCUCCAUCUGUCGGCUCUGCAGCUGGUGGUGCUGAUGGGGGGAUGGACACAGGGAGGGGCGACGGCGCCCGGCCAGUGUCUGUGCGGCGGAUAAAUGGCGGCAUCUGCCCGUGCCUUGGAGAGAGAGAGCGCGGCGAUGAGGGCGGGUCUUUGUGCCGUCGUGUGUCGAUGGCUGUCUUGUGGUCGAGCCAAGAGGGGAAGAGGGAGUCGACGAUGGCCACGAAGUGAGAGGAGGCGCUCUCUUUCGACCCGUGGAAGGACGCCCGAAGCCAUCCCUCCUGAAGCAACAAGCAAGGAACGAACGACGCAACCACAGACAGACACACGAUAUAGUCUGCUUCUCUCCUCUCUGUCCCUGUGUGAGUGAUUGUCUGCUGACCGACCCAUUUCCUUCUGUCGAUUUCAGUGGCAUCAUGUGGUCGGGGCGUGGUGCACUCGCCGUGCAGCGCGUAUUUGCACAAACCUGAGGCGACGCCACAAACCUGAUGUCCUCACUCACCAGUCUGUCCAUCCCAUCUGCCUUAUCUCACCGUAGAGCCUGGACCAGUCGUCGAUGGUGACCUGCUGCUGGUACCCGUCCAGAUGGGCCACGAAAUCCGACGCUUGCGCGAACCUUUCGUCCAUCGUCACACCCAAGUUAUGCGCGCUUAGCCUCACGGCUGGUGUGGAUCUCCCCACUCUGUGGUUUCUGGCAAAGGGGGCUGCUUCUUCUGUACUCUAGUAGCGCAGAUCCUCUUGACG